AAAGUUUAUACACCCCGUCUUUUUUCGCUUUUCUACUUUUUCUACUACACAGAAAUAUGAUCGGUUGGACACAUGUAUGCGUUUCGGCGUUGAUUCUUCGAAAAUAUGGACCAGAAGUUUUGGAGGAGAUUUUACGAAAAGCCGGCUACCAAGAAGAUAUAAAAUUCGAUAUUCAAUGCUACUACGAUGACACCGAGACGAUGAGAAUUUUCCGAGUAGCCGCGACAGUAUUAGGCCUUUCCGUUGAUGACAUGUGGGAGAUGUAUGGAGAAUUUUUGAUCACACAUGCGUGUGAGACUGGAUGGCAAAAAAUGUUGUUCUGCAUGGCGAAUAAUUUGCAGGAAUUCCUUGACAAUCUCAACAGUAUGCACUAUUUCAUCGAUCAAAUCGCGUUCAAAUCCGAGAUGAAAGGCCCAACAUUCCAGUGUGAGCCAUUCGGAGAGUCUGGCCUCAAACUUCACUAUUUCUCAUUCCGUCAGGGACUUUUCCCGAUUGUCAAGGGGUUGGUCCGAAAAACCGCGAGAACUUUGUUCGAAAUGGAUGUUAAAGUAUGUAUGUUGGAGCGUAAUCAGGAACGACGCAAGUCUGGAAUGGUGGAACACGUGAUUUUUUCUGUUGAGCCGGACGACAAUCAUCGGAAGGGAAAACGGCUUUUUCACAAGUUUCGAAACACAAAAACUACAGAAAAUGCGCCUUCUUUUACUUUGUCCUCUACAAUUCUCGUCGGACUCCGCGAUUUUAAGAACAUUUUCCCUUACCACGUGUGCUUCAACAAACAAAUGAUCAUUGAGCAUAUUGGAAUUUACUUGUUACGAGAGUAUGGGCUGGAAAACAAGAAAACACUGAAAGUCAGUGAUUUGAUGCAACUGGUGCAACCUUCUGACAUUCAGCUAACCUACAAAAAUGUGCUCAGUUAUCUCAACACCUUGUUCAUAUUCCAACUAAAACACCACAGCAAGCGGAAUGAGGUGCAAGAGGGCUCCUCGGAGGCUUUUCAGCAGCCCCUCGUGCUCAAAGGCGAGAUGAUGCCAAUAAAUGAUGGAAAUUCUAUUAUUUUUAUAUGUUCUCCACAUGUGACUACGGUCCGCGACAUUCUCAAUCUGAAACUCUACAUUUCGGAUAUGCCAAUGCACGACGCCACUCGCGAUUUGGUCAUGUUAAACCAGUCGAGAAUCUGCCAAAUGGAAUUGAAUAAAAAACUGGAGGAAACUAUGAAAAAAAUGAAGAAAAUGACCGAGGAAUUGGAGGUCAAAAAAUCGCAGACCGACAGGCUCCUCUUCGAGUUUGUGCCGCCCGUGAUUGCCGAGGCUCUGCGAGCCGCAAAAACUGUCCCAGCACAAGAAUUCUCCGAUUGUUCCGUGAUAUUCACAGAUAUCCCAGACUUUUUCACAAUCAGCGUAAAUUGCUCACCAACAGAAAUCAUCACAGUGGUCACUGAUCUCUUCCACAGAUUUGACAGAAUAAUCGAAAAGCACAAGGGAUACAAGGUGCUGUCUCUGAUGGACAGUUACCUGAUUGUCGGCGGUGUUCCAAAUGCUAAUCAAUAUCACUGCGAAGAUUCUUUGAAUCUUGCUCUCGGACUUUUAUUCGAGGCUAAACAGGUCGUGGUGCCGAAAUUGGAGCGAAGUGUUCGGCUGAGAAUUGGUGUGCAUUGUGGGCCUGUUGUUGCUGGAAUUGUUAGUCAGCAAAAGCCAAGAUUCUGCGUCCUCGGCAACACUGUAAACGUCACUAAAUCAAUCUGCUCACACAGUUCACCUGGAAAAGUGCUCGUUAGUAAUGCGGUUAGGACAAUGGUCACCAAACACCUCAAAAGUAUAUUUGUAUUCAAUGCAAAUGGUUAUCUGGAAUUGCAAUCCGGCAAGGUCCUCACACAUUUUCUGGAGAAAAACGAGAAAUGCAGUGUUUGGGAUAUUGUGGAUCGGGAUAAAGCCACCAAUGACAGUAUCGAUGGUUAUCGUGAGCUUCACUCGGACAAUGGAACUGAGGAGUGGCAAGAAGCGACUGUAGCGGCUUAUAGAGUUAUUUCGGUGGUUGACGCUUUGGAAAACAAGCAAAGCCGAACCCGAAAGGCGUUGACCCGGUUACGGUCAGUCAAACGAAAAUUCCGAACAAUUCAGAGCAAUGACAGUGGAGUUUCAGUCAGUGAGCCAAAUGUGGAGAGCGCUGUGUGCUCAAUUAUGUGAAGGAGAAUUGGGAUUUUUUUUUGAAAAAAAAGUUCGAAAUUUUUUUUUCGAAUUUCAAUUUUUUUUGUAGAUCAACUUACUGGAAUUACAUAUGUAUUUUAUAUUAAAGUGUACUGUAUUUAUCAAUAAAAAUAUGUUAUGUGUGC